CGAAGGCUGCACGGCCUCGUUCAUCUCGCCGCCUCGUCGGUCCUCUGCAACGGCGGCUGCGGCGACAAGGAGGGUCAGGGUCACUUCCGCGGCUACUCGCUCCACCGCUCCCGGCCGUUGAUUAGUCCCCCUGCGGAGCGCUCGCCUGAGCGGGAGAGAUCCGCCGCUGGGUCCGUCCGAGCCGUCAAUGGAGGCGGCGGCGGGCAGCAAGCGCGCGUACAGCAUCAUCGUGCCCACCUACAACGAGCGCCUCAACGUCGCCCUCAUCGUCUACCUCAUCUUCAAGCACCUCCCGGAUGUGAACUUUGAGAUCAUUAUUGUGGAUGAUGGUAGUCCAGAUGGAACUCAAGACAUUGUAAAACAAUUGCAGCAAGUGUAUGGUGAAGAUCGUGUUUUACUGCGAGCUAGGCCUAGGAAGCUAGGACUUGGUACCGCAUAUUUGCAUGGAUUAAAGCAUGCCUCAGGGGAAUUUGUUGUUAUCAUGGAUGCGGACCUAUCUCACCAUCCAAAGUACUUGCCAAGCUUUAUUAGGAAACAAAAGGAAACUGGUGCUGACGUUGUAACCGGCACACGUUAUGUUAAGAAUGGUGGUGUUCAUGGUUGGAAUCUCAUGCGCAAGCUAACUAGCAGAGGGGCAAAUGUUCUUGCACAGACGUUACUACAGCCUGGAGCUUCAGACUUAACUGGAUCGUUUAGGCUAUAUAAACGAGAUGUCCUGGAAGAUUUAAUCUCCUCAUGUGUCAGCAAGGGCUAUGUGUUCCAGAUGGAGAUGAUUGUUAGGGCUACCAGGAAAGGUUACCACAUUGAAGAGGUUCCAAUAACGUUUGUCGACAGAGUGUUUGGAAUUUCGAAACUUGGUGGAUCUGAGAUAGUUGAAUAUUUGAAAGGCCUCGUGUAUCUGUUGCUCACAACAUAAUUGAAGAUGUACUGCAGGCGUCUAACUUCUUGGGUAAAACCAUGUUACAGAGAAUUUUGCUGAUGUGUAACUGCAGCUUGAGCUGCAUAUCACUACUUAUGUCUCCAACUUGCAAAUGGAUUAUUGUACACAAGUCUUGGUUUAUCAGUGCAUUAUUUCACACAACAUGGUGGCCCCUCCUCUCUGUCGAGUUUCAGUACUUCUUUGUUAAAUGGUUUAUCAUUAUGAUGUGGAAUGCUUUGCCUCCGUUAUUUUACAGUGCAGGCACAUGUAUGUGUCUGCGGAACUUUUGCUGAA